CCAGGAGUUGUGAAUUUCCAAGUCCCAGCUCGCUCUGACCACUUCUUUGCCUGCCCAGCAUCAUGAAGGGCCUUGCAGCUGCCCUCCUUGUCCUCUGCACCAUGGCCCUCUGCUCCUGUGCACAAGUGGGUACCACCAACAAAGAGUUCUGCUGCCUCGUCUAUACUUCCCGGCAGAUUCCACAAAAGUUUAUAGUUGACUAUUCUGAAACCAGCCCCCAGUGCACCAAACCAGGUGUCAUCCUCCUCACCAAGAGAAGACGGCAGAUCUGUGCUGACCCCAAUAAAAAGUGGGUCCAGAAAUACAUCAGUGACCUGAAGCUGAUUGCCUGAGGGGCCCGGAAAUUGCGAGGACCCAGUGACACUGGUGGGCCCAGGAGGGAGCAGGAGCCUGAGCCAGGGCAAUGACCCUGCCACCCUGGAGGCCACCUCUUCUAAGAGUCCCAUCUGCUAUGCCCAGCCACAUUAACUAACAUUAAUCUUAGUUUAUGCAUCAUAUUUCAUUUUGAAACUGAUUUCUAUUGUUGAACUGCAUUAUGAAAUGAGUAUUUUCUCUGACAUCUCAUGACAUUGUCUUUAUCACCCUUUCCCUUCAAUUCUUUGCACAUUCAAUGUGUGGAUCAAUCAGUGUGAUUAGCUUUCUCAGCAGACAUAUGUAUCAAAUGACAAAUGCUUAUUGAAUGGUUUUGCUCAGCAUCACCUUUUAAUAUAUUGGCAGUACUUAUAUAAAAGGUAAACCAGAAUUCUCACUGUGA